UAAACAAAAUAAAAUGGAGUUCUUUUGGAAAAGGGAAUAAUUAAGCAACAAGAAGUGGGUAUCCAAUGCUUGUCAUAUAAUGGAGAGAAAUCAAACAAAGCCAAAAUGAGUACAAGAUAUAAAUAAACAAGUGGACAUGGAUGUCAGCAUCAUUUUUCAAUCCACUAUACAUGCUCCAUUAAAAAGAUUUAUUAGAAAUCAGAAGAGCUAGCUAGUCAGAUGACAGAUCACAAAUCAUGGCUAUGGAGGAAAAAGCCCUCGGAGAAAACCAUCUCGGUGGCUGAGUUGGAAAUUGCUUCAAAAGAAAAUGAGGAAAAGAUGCAUGUGCUUCUUGCUGAAAAGGCAGAACUAGAAAGAGACCUUAAAGACUUGGGAGACAAACUUUCUUCUGCCCUUGCCGAGUGUAGUGCUAAAGACGAUCUUGUGAAGAAACACUCGACAACAGCAAAAGACGCCCUUGCAGGAUGGGAGAAAGCAGAAGCAAAAGUAUUGUCUUUGAAGGAAGAGUUGGAUGAAACUUUGAAAGAGAGAGACAUCAGUGAAGAAAGGACAAGACAUUUGGAUGCUGCGCUGAAGGAGUGUAUGCAGCAGCUACGCUUUGUUAGAGAAGAUAAGGAGCAGAGGAUUCAUGAUGUUAUGCUGAAGGCAUCAGAGGAACUUGAGGAGAUGAAAAUGAUUCUAGAAGAGAAGUUAGAAGAAUCGAACCAAAUGAUAGCGAAAUUGAAUGCAGAAAAUUCUCAGCUUUGCAAGGCGGUUUUGCUGAAGGAUCACCUUAUUGAGGAACUAAAUCAAGAAAAAGCCAAGGUAGAAGGUGAUGUGAAUAACCUGUUGGCGAGACUGGAACACUUGGAGAAAGACAACAAUUCGUUGAUAUAUGAAGUACGAGUUCUUGAGAAGGAAGUUGAUAUUCGGAAUGAAGAGAGAGAAUUUAAUCGUCGAACAGCAGAUGCAACUCACAAACAGCAUCUGGAAAAUGUUAAGAAAAUCGCUAAGCUAGAAUCGGAGUGUCAGAGACUUCGUGUUCUGGUAAGAAAGAGGUUGCCGGGUCCUGCAGCCUUGGCAAAGAUGAAGAGUGAAGUAGACAUGUUGGGAAGAGAUUCACCGGACAACAGGAGAAAAAAGUCCAACUUAAGUAAUGGAAGUAGCAUGCAGUUGGACUAUGGAGUAGACAGCAAUUCUGAAUCCCCUGUCAAAAAGAUAAAUCAGUUGACCGAGAAAAUCUAUGUUUUGGAGGAAGAAAACAACUCUCUGAGGGAAAACCUUCAAAAGAAGAUGAACGAGGUUCAAGUGUCUAGAAACAUGUAUAUCCAGACUGCCUCAAAGUUGUCACGAUUAGAGGCACAGCUUGAUGAAUCUCAAAAAAAUCAAUUGAUCAGGGAUGCAAGGAGUGCCAUGAUAUCAUCACAUGAUUUAUCAUUGGCUUCAAUGUCAGAUGUUGGCAGUGAUGAUAAAGUCAGCUGUGCUGGUUCUUGGGCAUCUAAAUCUGUUGGAAUGUCGGACAUCAAUCAUCUCAUGGAUGACUUUGCCGAGAUGGAAAAGUAUGCUUUAGUUUGUGUUGACAAGCCCAUUACUGAAAAUUCGUCUGUCACGAAUGCUGAAAGCAUAGGAAAAGAAUUAGUACCUAUAGCUUCAGAAAGUAUAGGUAAAGAAUUGAACAGAUCAAUUUCCAAGUUGAUUGAGAUUAUUCAUGGGAUUAAAUUCCAAUCUGAAAACCCUGAUGCCUUACAAACACCAAGCAGAGAGAAUGAGUGUCACUACACGGUUCGUGUUUUCCAGUGGAAAACUUCUGAGCUGGCUUCUAUUAUGCAGAACUUCCUUCGCAUUUGUGAUGAUUUGCUGAAUGGAAAGGCCGAAAUUGAAAUAUUCACUCAAGAGGUUACACAUGCCUUGGAAUGGAUUGUAAACCAUUGUUUCUCUCUUCAAGAUGUCUCCAGCAUGAAGGAUGAGAUAAGGAAGCAAUUGAAUUGGGAUGAAACCAGAAGUGAAAGUGAAACAGAAGUGGGAGUUUCUGUCCAGUUUUCUGAAGCAGGAAACAAAAGUGAAUCUUCUUGUGAUAUGAGUGCUGAAGACAGAAAAGUGCAAGAUGCGCCAAGAGACAUAAAUUCUGUAAAGCAUGCAUUAGAUUACAAAUCCUUGAGAAAUGUACUUCAGGAUUCUGAAAGUACUGUUGCAAGUUUGCGAUCAGAAAUAGAGGCCUUGAAGCACUCUAAGGAAAUGAUUGAGGAACAAUUUGAAAUUUACAAGAUGGGAAAUGAAGAUCUUAAUUUGAAGCUUGUGGCAGUCAAUUCUAGAAUGGAUGAAGCCCACAAAAAGAUUGCAUCCUUACAGGAAGAGACGAAGAAUAAGGAGAAGCAUUGUGAAGAGUUGGAGGCAAAAUGCCACAAUUUGCAGGUCCAACUAGAGAGGGUGCAAAAUGCGGAUACCAUGAAACAUCUCAAUCAAGGCGAAAAGCAACUUAGAAAUGAAUGGGAAGUAUCAGGAGCUUCAGAGAAGCUAGCUGAGUGCCAAGAAACCAUUUUACAUUUAGGGAAGCAGCUGCAAGCAAUGGCCUCAUCACGGGAUGCUGUGGUUUCUGACAAAUUCAUCUCCACUCCAACUAGGAGUGCUCCUGGUGUUACCUCAACCCCAGAAUCUGAGAAGAAGCUAGCUAGCCAAAGGUCCUCUCUGCUGGACCAAAUGCAAGCAGAAGAUACUGAUGAACCUGAUCAACUUGAAUCACCAAAAACCAAGGAAAUUAUAUGCACCAACAAUAAUUCUGGUUCACAAAAUACUGGUAAAAUUGCUGCGAAGAUGAAUGAUGACAUUGCUUUGGGUCCUUUGGCUAUUGUACCAUAUCAAAAACCACAGCCUACAUCAGGUGGACUUUUUAAGAAGCUCUUGAGGAGGAAAAAGAAAGGUAUUAGUAAAAAGAUGCAACUUCCAUUUGAGGCCUGAGACACAUGAAAGCUAUAAAUGAAAUCAUAGAAUUCAGUAAUCAUGUUUGUCAAUUAGAAGCUGGAACCAUUGCACGUAUAUGCAUGAAGAUGAUCCAUCUAUCGUUGUAGAUAUUUCCGGAAGUAGAGUUUUUGUAUCUAAGGUUAAGCUCAAGAGUUUGAACUAAAUCAGCAGAUUUACUAUCUGCUUUUGUGUGAUGAAUGCAAUAAUUUUGUUACUCUUAUGUAUCACCAAAUAAUGACCAUUUUAAAACCAA